AAAAUAACUCCAUUCAGAGAGAGAGAGAGAAAGCAAAGGAAUAGAUAGAAGAAGAAGAAUAAGAGAGAGAAACCCAAAUCUAACCCAAGAACAAGAAGUUUAACAAUUUCACCAAAAGGAGAUGGUGGUAGCCCUCAAAUUCCUUUAAAAGUCUCAAAAAUCUACCAUCUCCGAUCUCCGAUCAUCACCACCGAUCGCCGCCACAAAUGGUCAUGCGACGCGGCAGAGCUCCGGCGACCACGGCGGCGGAAGACAAGGGGAUUAGGUACAGGGGCGUUCGGAAGAGGCCAUGGGGCCGAUUCGCCGCCGAGAUCAGAGACCCAUGGAAGAAAGCCCGAGUCUGGCUCGGUACUUUCGACUCGGCGGAGGACGCCGCUCGAGCCUACGACGCCGCCGCCAUCAACCUCCGCGGACCCAAAGCCAAGACGAAUUUUCCCGUUGUACCCGUCUCGAUCCCCGAUAUUACCGAUUUGAACCACAACAACAACCCUAAUCCUGUUGGAGACCAUCGUCGUCAUCAUCAAUUUCAGCAAUUCCAUUCUCGGCCCACCACCAGCAGCCUCAGCAGCACCGUCGAGUCCUCCAGUGGCCCCAGACUCUCGAUUCCUCAGCCGCCGCCGCCGAGAAUCAACCGCCAGUUCAAACCGCCGGUUCCGCCGGAGGAUUGUCACAGCGAUUGCGAUUCAUCGUCGUCUGUGAUCGACAAUUGCGAUGCCGAUCUCACUUCUUCGUUCCACAAACCUCUCUUACCUUUCGAUCUCAAUCUCUUGCCUCCUCUUGAAGACGUCGAUAUUUCCAAUGCUGAUGAUUUACACGCCACGGCCUUGUGUCUUUGAUUUUUUUUUUAAAUUUUUUAUAUAUAUUAUUUUAAAUUUUCUUUUCAAUUUUUCUCUUGAAAGAAUAUGAAAGAAAAAGAAAAUUAUGACCCUGGUGGUUGGAUUCUUUUUCUUUGGUUAGAUCAUAUGUAGAUUAGUGUACGGUGGUGCCAUUAUGCGAUCUGGAUUUUUCUUCAACUGUUGUGGGUUUUGCUAGAUCGUAUUUACAGAAAAUUGUUAUCUGUACCCAGAGAAAAUUGGAUCUGAUCUUGAGAUAUUUCUCUCUUGAUCUGAUACUCCUCUUUCAUUUUGUAUAAAAUUACAAAUAAAAGAUCAAAUUGUUUCACACUGUUUUGAUUCA